AUGUUUUUGCUAAGAUUUUUCGCUAUUUGCUUACUAACUCAGUGUUUGUUUGCAAAAUUUAUUGUUUAUAAAUCGUUUGGAGAUUUAUUUAAGUGUAAUGGAAAUACUUUCAAGAAAAUAGGAUCUAAUUAUUAUUAUAUUGAAACUAUUAAGAAGGAGAAUUGGUUUGAAGCUGCCGCGAGCUGUCGAAGACUCAAUGCAAAUUUGGCAUCAAUUGAAACCGAAGAGGAAUAUGAGGCUCUUAUAGAUUACCUAAAAGAAAAAGAAUAUGGUGAUUGGUUUUGGCUGUCUGGCAACGACUUGGGCAAUGAAGGGGACUAUGUUUGGCUAGGUACAGGCCAACCUAUGACAUAUAGAAAAUGGUACGAGGGCCAACCAGACAAUACUGCUGAAUUGGAGCACUGCAUCCAUAUAUGGGGUAUAAAUGGAGAAUAUGGUUUAAAUGAUGCUAAGUGUUCCGAGAAAGAACUAUAUAUUUGUGAAGCUGAUGAAAAGGAUAUGUUCACAUAUGCUUAGGUUUGAAAUAU